AUCCAGAGCACUGGCUAGAGACUAGAGUCUGUGGGGGUUAUUUGAUGCAGUCUGGUGGUCACUGAGUAACUGGAAACCGUCCCCGGGGCUGCGGGCUUUGAGCGGCGGAGGCCCCGGGCUCAGCGCGGUCCCUCCCCGGGGGCGGUGCCGGUCUCCGGGCCUGCCCUCCCUCCCUCCCUCCCUCCCUCCCUCUCUCGGUGCCGGAGCCCGGGCCUGUCCUCUCUGGGAGCCGGGGAUGUGGGCCCUCGGCCGCUCGGUGCCGCCCUCGGCCUGGUUCAGGCCUCUCGGAGCGGCGAGUCGCCGGGCCGCUGUUGGAGCGCGGCCGCCGGGCAGCGAGGAGGCGGAGAGGUCGGUGUCUGGACGGAGGCGGAGUAAGGUGCCCCAGAGUCCAACCUGGAAGCCCGUUGAAUACAGCCAGUCUCCAGAGGUAUCUAUGGAGAUGAUUGACCAUCUAGAACGCCUGGCACUUGUAGAUUUUCAGAACCAGGAGGGCGUGCAAAGGCUGGCAAGUGCCAUACAGUUUGCCAACCAGUUGCAUGGUGUUGACACAGAUGGUGUGGAGCCUAUGGAUUCAGUGCUGGAGGACCGGCCUUUGUAUUUGCGUGCAGAUGAGGUUACGGAUGGUUACUGUACCGAGGCGAUCUUGAGCAAUGCAAGGCACAUUGAAGAGGAAUACUUUGUGGCACCUCCAGGAAAUAUUCCACUUCCACGGAAAGAGGAGAGAGAUGCUCUUCAACCUUCCAAAUGGUAAACAUGGAUCGACUGCUUUUGAACAGAUAUUGAGAUCACAGAAUACACUGCAUCAGGGAGAUCAUAUCUGAUCCACCGAGGAACCAAGUCAACAACAUUUUCAGUUGAACUUUAUGUUGAAGGGCAAUGCCAUCAUAUAUUAAUCUAUUCAUGCAUGUUUCUGGUGUCAACAUUUUAUUUUGUUAAAUGCCACAUAGGGUCAACUAAGACAAAAACAGAAAAGCAUUGGCACCUUGGAAGCAUUCUUGCCUGAGGCAGAAAGCUGUGGGUAGGAAUCCAGAACUGCAUCUAGAACAGGGGUCUCCAAACUAUGGCCACAUCCGCCCCGCAACAAGCUCUUAACACAUUCCGUGCGGCGGGCUAUUUAGCGAGUUCUGUGGUAGCGCAGCUUUAGAGAUACAGUGCGGAAACAGGCCGUUCGGCCAUUGAAGCGAUGCCCGUACCCACUAGCACUAUCCCACACACACCCGGGACAAAUUCAAUUAACCUGAAAACGUGGAGUGUGGGAGGAAACUAGAGCACCCGGAGAAAACCCACGCAGGUACAAACUCCAUACAGACAGCACCCAUAGUCAGGAUGAGGGUGACCCGUGAACAGCUCCCGCUCUGGACGCCACACUGACCUGGACCCUUUGACAGGGUCUCUCGGUGUGGCCAGGGGAAUCCUCCCCUCCUUUACCCCCCCCCUCUCUCACCAGCCCUGCGGAGAUCGGUGGAUCGGUAGCUGGCUGUGUGUGUGUGUGCCCGAUGGGUGAGCAAUAUGUGUGCGUGGGUCUUUGUUAAUAUGCCUGAGGGGUGAUCACGGUGCAUGUGUGUGAGAGGGAUAGAGAGAGAGAGUGAGAGAGCCUGUCUGUCUGGAUCUAUGUGUCUGUUUCGGUAUGUGGGAGUUCAUGUGUGCAUUUCUAUGUGUAUGUGUGAUAUUUCUUUAUUUUUUCCUACGGCCUGCAGAAAUGUGCCAAAUAUAUGUGGCCCUCAUGCUGAAAAGUUUGGAGGCCCCCGAUCUAGACUAACACUUGCAUGAUACUGAAGGACUAUCACACUGCUAAACUAGCUAGUCUAUUUUUGAGAUCCAAAAAAGUAGUGUUCCAGGGUGAAAUGAAAGAUGCUGUGGCCCAGUUUUGAUGAGUCAUCCCCAGAACUGCAGAUAAACUUCAUUGAAAGUGUUAUGAAGAUGUUCAAGAACACUUGCAAGUCAUAAUUUAAAAUCUCAUCCAAAAGACAACAUUGGUCUUUGCUAGCCCGCUCCUAUCACUGAAAUGCCAGUUUGGAGACUCGCAUCAACUGGCCAGGGGGUGGUGCUACCAUCUUCUAAACAGACAAGCAUCAACACCAUCUCCAAUACCCUCCAUAACUUGAAUUCAGCUCAUUCCGUGUUGAAAUGAACUUUCAACAUAAUUAAAGUUAAUUACCGUUAACUUAUUUUCAGUUUGUUUGGUAUUGUUAAUACUAUAUCUGAAUAGCUGUGUCUGUGGAUUAAAGGCUCAGAAAUUAAACACACCAGUCCCCUGGCUACUUUAUUUAUUUAAUAAAAAAGGGAAGUGUGUUUAGUUAGCUGAAGCCAGAAAAGAUUAAGUCAAUAAUAAAAAGGAAAAAAGUUUAUUCAAAGCAUCGCAUGAAAUAUAGAACUGAAGAUAAAACCUAACCGCCAGUGAUGGAAUGUGGAUUAAAAAGAAAUUUUUGACUACCAAGUCCUCAUCUAUAUUGGGGUUUCGGUGAAUAUCGAGGAGAGCUUCUGCUUUGAUAGGGAGAAUAACGACCUCUGGAAAUGGACCUUGACCUUGAUCUCUCAUAACUAGAACUUCUGGGCUUGUCAGCACGAACUCGAAUAUAAGCAGUUUCUCCCUGGAAAAGAAAUUAUGUGCAUUAGAGUCAAGAGAAGAUUCAGUUGGAAAAAAAUUAACAGCAGAAUUCAUAAACAGUGGUUCAACAAUAAACAAUUCUUUGGGCAGGAA